AUGGACCUUUCGGAAUAUGAGAUGAUGAUCGAAAAAAGUUUAGAUGACCGCAAAGUUUCCAAUGGUAAAAGAAAGGGCCCCUCCGGUUAUAUCUUUUAUAAAAAUAAAAAUCGUCUUAAUCAACAUGUAGCCAAGAUGGCCUAUGCGGAAGAAAAUGAUGAUGUCAAAGCUGCUUGUGGAAUUCUUGCGCACAUUAUGCAUCAUAUUAUUAAGACAGGUUAUUAUGAUCGUGAGAUGUUUCGCUUUCCGCCGAUCAUUAUUAAUGAGUCACGUGAUUUUAGAAUAUCGGAUGAUAACAUUGCUGAAAAACUACUACAUCAAACUUCAAUGCCUAACGCUAAUGUUUCCGUUCGUAAAGACUGUGGUAGUGACAAGCAACAAUCAAACCUAUGUACUUUACAUGAUUUAUCUGGAGAAUCACGUGACAACAGCAACGCACCAAAUGAUGUAGUUAACAUCACUGAAGGGCAACAAUAUCAAAUAUUUGAUAAUCAAGAACACUAUCACGAUCAAGUUCCCGGUUGUGAUAAUUUCGAGCAACAAUCACAUGAUUUAUGUUGGGAUGGUCAUCUCGAACCAAAUCUUAGUGAUACGUCAGUGAGUCCGUAUUUAUUUAGACAGAGGAGAAUCAAUUAUGAUAUUGUUAUCAACGGUGGAGCAUUAAGUAUGGAUGUACCCCAAUCUGAUCUCACUAUCGACGGGCAACGAAGCUUUGGACCUGAGUUUAACUUUAAUUCAAGUGUUCCAAAUGCACCAAUUAUACAGCAACUACAGCCACCCUCGGCUGUGCCUAAUACUGAAAAUGAGACUGGACUUGAAUCUUUUCAUACGAAUGACCUUUUAUAUGGUAAUUCAAAAUUGUACCCAAAUUAA